CCCGCUAACCCCCCGCGUCCCCCCCAGGAUGGCCUCCCCUCAGCUGGCCGAGGCGAUGGCCGCGGCCUCGGCGGCCACCUCGCGGGCGCUGCGGGCGCUGCUGGGGGUGGCCGAGGCGCUGGGGACGCCGGCGGCGGUGCCGGCGGCGCGGGACGAGGCCGAAGAGGCGGCGGCGGAGGCCGAGGACGCCCUGAAGGGGCUGGACGCCGCGCUGGCGGCAGCGCUCAGCGCCACGGCGGUGGCGGCGCCGGGGCUGGAGGCCCGCGGCAUCUACCGGGCCCUGGAGGCCGUGGCCAGCGCCGGAGUCCGGGAGCUGGAGCGGGAGCAGAAGCGGAACCGGCGGCAGAGGAAGCUCCUGGGGGUGCUGCGCAACGUGGCCCUGGGGCUGCUGCUCCUGGGCACCCCCCUGCUGUCCUUCGACGCGCUGCGGGAGGCGCUGGGGGUGACCCAGGAGAGCCACCUCGUCCCCUGCCUGGCCACCGUCACCCUGCUGUGCCAGGUGGCCGCGUGGGCCGCCGACCGCUCCGGCCACCACCUGGCCACCGCCGUGGAGCAGCAGCGUCACCAGGCCACCCGCUACCGCCGCCUGGGCCACGCCGCCGCCACCGAUGUCACCAGCGUCACCGAGGCCACCCGGGCGGCCUCGGUGGCCCAGGGGACGCUGGAGGAGGUGGCCAACCACCUGCGUGACCUGGUGGAAGCCGUUGAGCAGGACCUGGCGGAGGCCCAGGGCUUCCCUGACAGCACGCGGGCCUUGGGGACCGCCGUGGUGGCCUUGGGGACAGUGAUCCAGGACGAGGAGGGGAUGCGGAGGCUGGCGCGGGCGCUGCAGGCGCUGCCCGGGGAGGUGUAGGGGCACCGGUAGCGUCCCGCUCGCCUCGGGGACAUCGUCACCCCCUGGGGGUGUUUUCGGGGCGUCCUGGUGUCCCGUGUUUGGGGACGCUGAGGUGGCCUUUUGGGGACAGGGAGGGUGACGCUGUCCUCUGUCCCCUCGCCCCAAUAAACUUCAAGGGUGCGCUGA